AUGACAGAACACUCCCCAUCUGCGCGUCCGUCAACUGCCAGGAGCAAUAUCACAAGGGGAAUUGCCGCACCGGUAGGGGAUGGCACUCAGACCAGGCGCUCGCUGGAGCAGACCGUUCCGUGGAAAUAUGUCGGCUACCGUGGGUAUUCAAGGUUUAUUUCCUCUGACGAUGACUUCUUUAUCCUUCGUCGUUUCUCAGUGCUCAAUGUUCGGGUUUCUUUGGCCCUUCAAAACCAGCUCGUGAUGCUUGAGCGACAGCUGAACGAAUUAGACAAUAAGUAUGAAGGCGAACCCCAAAUUCACAACGGACGAUUCGAGGGAGAUGAAAAGGACCGGGAAGGCCUCAUAUCUUGUAUUGAGGAGAAGUUAAGAAAGUAUAAUGAGCUUAUACUGCAGCAAUCCGCCCUACGAAGUCACAAACCAGCUCCAUCACAAGAUAUCAAAAGAGAUGUCACCUACUUCUCCGAAAAGCGACUGGAUCUCUUUGUUUCUCUUACUACCCCGAUGAUUGGUCUUGCUAUGCUCGUGACGCCCCUCUGGAUCCUUCAGUCAACAACAAAUCUCCAAUCGAAGCUCAUAGUUAUAACUGUCUUUAUCAUCGUGUUUCUACUCGUCUUAUCUUUUGGUAUGGUGGCGAAACCUUUUGAAGCUUUGGGAGCGACAGCAGCGUACGCUGCUAUUCUUAUGGUAUUUAUGCAGUUGGGGAUUAACUAA